CCACUUCUCUCUCCUUUGUCAAGGAGAUUUUUCUACUUGAUUGGAAUCACAUUUUUUGAACAAUAGCUCUUCAAAGAAGUUUACAAAAUGAAAAAUUAAAAACAGUUUGCAGCUGAAAAAUUAAGUACUCAAUCAAUCUGGCCCUUAGUCUGCAUUUGUGGAACUUCUGUUCUGGUUUAUCAGCUGUACCGUUGAAGUGCUUCCAUGGGAGGAUGAAACAAGAAAAAAGAAUGGCAAUAUAUUCCGCGUUCUGUGAGAAUCACUCAGUUCUCUUCGCAACUGAUGUGGCUGCAAGAGGCCUUGAUUUUAAUAAAGCAGUUGACUGGGUUGUUCAGACUCGUUUAUUAAAGAAAAAAAAGCUCAAGAUUAACGUGCAUAGACCACUUGGAAAUCGGGUUGUAUUCGAUGACGAAGGCAACACACUCCCUCCACUAGCCAGGAUUGCUGGCACACAAAGUGGCUAGGAUUCAUUGCUAAUUGAUCCAG